AGCGUUUGGCUAGUGCAUUAAAAUAUAAAAAAAGGGAAAACUGUGAAAACGGAAUAAUCUUUACUAGUGAUUUGCUAAAAAAAACCAACAAUAAAAGUGUGAAAUCCGAAAGUGCUGAGUAAAAGUGUCAAUAACUAUGGCUCAGCAAAAACUCCGCAUUGCCAUUAUUGGCCAAAGCAACUUCGCUGCUGACGUUUUGGAGCUGCUUUUGGAGCGAUCGAACAUCCAGGUCGUUGGCGUCUUCACCAUUCCCAACAAGGGCAGCCGCGAGGACAUCCUGGCCACCACUGCCACAGCCCACAAGAUUCCCGUGUUCAAGUUCGCCAGCUGGCGUCGCAAAGGCGUCGUGCUGCCCGAGGUGUUGGAGCAGUACAAGUCCGUGGGCGCCACCCUCAAUGUGUUGCCCUACUGCUCGCAGUUCAUCCCGAUGGAGGUCAUUGACGGGGCACCACUGGGCAGCAUUUGCUACCAUCCGUCCAUCCUGCCCCGCCACCGUGGGGCCAGCGCUAUUUCUUGGACUCUGAUCGAGGGCGACGAGGUGGCCGGCUUCAGUAUCUUCUGGGCGGACGACGGCCUGGACACCGGACCGCUGCUGCUCACUCGCCAGACCAAUGUGGAGCCCACAGACACGCUGGACACCAUCUACAAGCGAUUCCUAUACCCCGAGGGCGUCAAGGCGAUGGGCGUGGCCGUGGACCUGGUUGCCAGUGGGUCGGCACCGAAGAUCACCCAAACGGAGGUGGGCGCCACCUAUGAUCCGGCCAUGUUCAAGGCGGAGAACCAGGUAAUUAACCUGCAGCAGUCGGCUGAGCGGAUCUGGAACUUUGUACGUGGCCUGGACUCUGUGCCCGGAGCCAUAGCCUCCGUGUUGUUUGCCGAUGGCAGCGAGGAGCAGAUCCGUCUCUUUGGAGCUCAUUUGUACUCGGCAGGACCCGUGAUCAAUGGUCAACCUCUGCGCCUGAAGGGCUUGGCAAAGCCGGCCUGGAUCCACAGCGCCGGCCUUCUAAUUGAGGGAACAGACGGUGCCUUCGUCAAUGUGAGGCGCAUCAAGCGUGGAUCGAAGGUGAUCAGUGCCAGCGAGUGGUUCCGCCAGGCUGAGCAGCAACCCAUCACCGACUUCAGCGAGGAUGAGCUGGCCAAGAAAUGCAUCCUGGACGGCAUCUGGCAGGCCAUACUCAAAGACACCAUCGAGGCAUCCACGGACUUCUUUGCGGCAGGAGCGGGAUCUAUGGAUGUGGUGCGUCUGGUGGAGGAGGUUAAAGAGGCCUUCGAUGUGCACCUGGAGAACGAGCACGUGUUUAUGGCGCCCGUCUUCGAGGAGUUCUUUGGCCAACUGGUGCAGAUCCUGCGCCAGGGCAGCGGUGGCUCCGGCGGUAAGCAGCUGGACUACGAGGGAUUCACCCUGAAGGCCAACAAACGCACGAUCCGUGUUCCCACUCAGCUUUUCAUCAACGGAGAGUUCUUGGACGCCGAGGGAAAACGCAGCCUUGACAUUGUGAAUCCCACCGAUGAGACGGUGCUCUGCAAGGUGGCCUGCGCUUCAGCCAAUGACGUGGACAAGGCGGUACAGGCGGCCAACACCGCCUUUCACGGACCCUGGAAACAGAUCUCGGCCAGGCAACGUGGUCAGCUGAUGCUUAACCUGGCUGACCUAAUGGAAAAACACAAAGAGGAACUGGCCACCAUAGAGUCGGUCGACUCCGGAGCAGUCUACACGCUGGCCCUGAAGACCCACAUUGGCAUGUCCAUUGACGCAUGGCGCUACUUUGCAGGAUGGUGUGACAAGAUCCAGGGCAACACGAUCCCAGUUAACCCCGCUAGGCCCAACAAUGUGCUGACCUUCACCCGCAAGGAGCCCAUCGGUGUCUGCGGUCUGGUCACCCCCUGGAACUAUCCCCUGAUGAUGCUCUCGUGGAAGAUGGCCGCCUGCAUUGCUGCCGGAAACACUUGCCUGAUCAAGCCCGCCCAGACCUGUCCCCUUACCGCUCUCAAGUUUGCUGAGCUCACCGUUCUGGCCGGAUUCCCUCCAGGUGUGAUUAAUGUUCUGCCGGGCAAAGGAUCGGAGGCAGGCCAGGCAGUGGCUGACCAUCAGCUGGUCCGUAAGCUGGGCUUCACCGGCUCAACGCCCGUUGGCAAGCACAUCAUGAAGUCUUGCGCCGAUUCCAAUCUCAAGAAGUGCUCCUUGGAGCUGGGCGGAAAGAGUCCUUUGAUCAUAUUUGCCGACUGCGAUCUGGAUAAGGCAGUGAAGCAUGGCAUGUCUUCGGUGUUCUUCAACAAGGGCGAGAACUGCAUCGCCGCCGGAAGGCUCUUUGUGGAGGAUCGCAUCCACGACGAGUUCGUGCGACGUGUGCUCAAGGAUCUGCGCACCAUGACCAUCGGAGACCCACUCAAUCGCUCCACAGCCCACGGACCCCAGAAUCACAAGGCGCACUUCGACAAGCUGCUGGAGUUCUGCCAGCGAGGUGUGGCCGAGGGUGCCAAGUUGGUGUACGGCGGAGGAAGGGUGCCCGGGCUCAAGGGUUAUUUCUUCACGCCCACAGUUUUCACGGACGUGGCCGAUGACAUGUACAUUGCCCAGGAGGAGUCCUUCGGCCCCAUCAUGAUCAUCUCGAAGUUCAGCGGCAGCGAUGUGGACUCUGUUAUGCAGCGGGCAAACCGCACCGAGUUCGGCCUGGCCAGUGGAGUCUUUACCAAGGAUAUCAGCAAGGCACUUAGCUUUGCUGAUCGCAUCGAGGCCGGUACGGUCUUCAUUAACGUUUACAACAAAACGGACGUGGCCGCUCCCUUUGGCGGCUUCAAGCAGAGUGGCUACGGCAAGGACCUUGGUCAGGAGGCGCUCAACGAGUAUCUCAAGACCAAGUGCGUGACCAUCGAAUACUGAAGCUGGGGAUAAGCGGAGUUGGGCCAAGCCCGGGAAUGAAAAGACUUAAUGUUUUGCAUAGCUCAUAGUUAUAAGAACUCUUAUCUAUCUAACUAAUAAAACCAAAAUCGUACCCUAA